AAAUGCUAAUGAUAGUGUGCCUAGUCGAUAACAGGAGACAAGUGAGAAGAGGGACAGGGCCGGAACAGGCGCCCGGCACAAGACAAUUAAACGGAGAAACACCAUGCGUGCAAGGCUGCAAGCCCGGCUCUUAAGCAACAAGCAGCUAGCGCAUGAGUGGAAUGCCGUGGCAUUCGUUCAGUCCCUGUAGCCACCUCCAAGUGAGCCCCUCCUCCUUGCCUCGCCUCACGCCGUACAUAAGCGGCGCACUAGCGAGUGCUGCGGUGCGGGAUUGGGCUCGAUCGGCGGCGCAGGCUAUAUGAGCGGUCUCAUCACCAGGAUCGGCACCGUCGUCCGCUCAUCGAUGGCGGCCGCGGCCGUCGCUGGCGUUGGAAGGGACGACGGGCCACGGAAGCGGCCGCGACGGCUCAGCGUCAGAAUGGAGCCAAGAAGCAGGGGAGGCGACGGGUGCUGCUGCUCUAGCAGCGGCAAGGCGGUGGAGCCCGCGGAGACGAGGCUGGUGGUGAUCGUCGGCGCCACGGGCACGGGCAAGACCAAGCUGUCGAUCGACGCGGCCGUGGCGCUCGGCGGCGAGGUCGUGAACGCCGACAAAAUACAGCUCUACGCGGGCCUCGACGUCACCACCAACAAGGUGCCGCUCGCCGACCGCCGCGGCGUCCCGCACCACCUCCUGGGGGCGGUCCGCGCCGACGCGGGCGAGCUCCCGGCGUCGUCGUUCCGCGCGCUCGCCGCCGAGGCCGCGGCCUCCGUCGUGGCGCGCAGGCGGGUGCCCGUGGUGGCCGGCGGGUCCAACUCGCUCAUCCACGCGCUCCUCGCUGACCUCCGCGACGCGGUCCCCGCCGAUCCGUUCGCAGCAUCCGCCGCGGCGGCCGGGUACCGGCCGGCGCUGAGGUUCCCGUGCUGUAUCCUCUGGGUCGACGUCCACGCCGAGGUCCUCAACGACUACCUCGACCGGCGCGUGGACGACAUGGUGCGCGACGGCAUGGUCGAGGAGCUCCGUGAGUACUUCGCCAUGACGUCCGCCUCCGAGCGCGCCUCCCACGCCGGGCUGGGCAAGGCCAUCGGCGUGCCGGAGCUCAGCGACCACUUCGCGGGCCGCAAGAGCCUCGCCGCUGCCAUCGACGAGAUCAAGGCCAACACGCGGGUGCUCGCGGCGGCGCAGGUGAGCAAGAUCCGGCGCAUGGCCGAUGUCUGGGGCUGGCCCGUCCACCGCCUCGACGCGACGCCCACGGUCCGCGCGCGGCUCGCCGGCGCCGGCCGCGCUGCCGAUGCCGCCGCGUGGGAGCGCGACGUGCGCGGCCCGGGCCUCGCCGCCAUGCGCCAGUUCCUUGAUAGCCAACCACUGCACAACCACGCAUAUGAGCAGCGGAGCUGGCUGGCGCGGAGGCAAUGCCGUGGCAUGGUGGGGUGACUUGAUUGAGCGUCAAAAGGCUGCGAGUUUUCGGGUUCAAAUUUUUUUUUUUUUUUGAUAGGCCGCCGAUUUUUUGGGACAAAAAUUAUAUGCAGCGCUGCAGACCGAUCUCCUCGGAGCACCAUCCGCACCGAUCUCCUUGAGCACCAUCGGAUUGCUGCCACUUGUACCCAAUUAUCAUCUCAAAGCUCACAGCACCAGGUCCUAGGAUCCAGCUGAGCGAGCUUGGAAGCGCUAGCAGCAGCCACUCCAUCUCCGACAACACUGUCAUCCGCACGUACUCGCUCCCCAGCCUCCCCAACACGAAGUCGGAGUACUUGGUCAAGGAGGAGCUCCAGGUUUUCCUCAAGCCGAGCCUGAGGACUGCCGUUGGGCCCAGUGAUAGAGGCAGAGCUUCUUGAUGGCCAAGGGGGCCAUAGCCCCUCCUACUUUUACAAAUUGCUUAAGAAAAAUUAAUUAUCAUCACUUACUUACAAACAAAAUUACUAAAUUAAGCAUGUACUAUAAGCUCGGUCCCCUCUACAAUUCUGUUCAAGCUCUGCCACUGCCCAGUGACCCGCCGAGUCAGCAACACCAAGUCAGCACAACGGAACGUGAGCAGCUAUCAAAUCUGUGACACUGACUAAAUUAUUGCAAUC